AUGAGAGCAACUAUAGAAGGCUGUUGUCAUAAUCAAUUGGAACAAAUUUAUAAAACCUUAAAUCAUAUCGAAAAUGUUGAAAAUAUAAAAAUUGAUUUAUUGUUGAUCUGUGGAGACUUUCAGAGCAUACGCAAUUUAGAAGACUAUAAAUCUCUGGCUGUUCCAGUUAAAUAUCAAACACUAGGAACAUUUUAUAAGUAUUAUACUGGCGAACUUAAGGCACCUUAUCCAACUUUGUUUAUUGGUGGAAAUCAUGAAGUCAUAAGUUAUUUAUGGGAAAUAUAUUAUGGUGGAUGGGUGUGUGAAAAUAUUUACUUCCUUGGGUAUGGUGGUGUGGUUCAUUUCGGUGGAUUAAGAAUAGGAGGAUUAUCUGGAAUAUAUAAUCCUCGUCACUAUAAAUUAGGACAUUUUGAAACCCUUCCAUAUAGUGAAUCUACAGUUAGAAGUGCUUAUCAUAUAAGAGAAUAUGAUAUUCGGAAUCCUUUAGAUAUAUUUAUGUCACAUGAUUGGCCUGGUAAAAUUACAAAUUAUGGAGAUUUAGAAACGUUGCUUCGUUUUAAGCCGCACUUCGAAUCUGACAUUAAAUCUGGUAAACUUGGGAGUGCUGCUUGUGACGAAUUAUUAUUUAAAUUAAAACCAAAAUAUUGGUUUGCUGCACAUUUACAUGUGAAAUUUUCUGCUAUUGUUUAUCAUGGUGAAGGACAACCAUCCUCUCAAGGUAUUAAUAAUUUUGAUCUGAACUCGGACGAGAUUAAUAUUGAUUUUACUAAAGAUUUGAAUCCUGAUGAGAUUAAUAUUGACCUGGAUGAAGAUUUUAAGAAUCCCGAUGAAACGAAAAUUGAUUCUAAAAAUUGUGUGAAUAAGGAUGAGAUAUUAGUCUCUCUUGAAGAUAAUAAUACUAAAAAUUUGGCAUCUCCUGUUGAAAAUGUUCUAGAACAAUCAAAAGAAUCAAUCAAUGAGAAUUCUAAAAUCUCUGAUAUAACACCUUCGAAUUCUCAUAUAAAUGAUGAUGUAAUUGAAGGUCAACCUCUCUGUACAAAAUUUUUAUCACUUGAUAAAUGUUUACCUGGACGCGAUUUUUUACAGAUUCUUGAUUUUCCAGAAGCAAAGGGUCCGUUGGAAUUUAGUUAUGAUGAGGAAUGGAAGAAAUUCAAAGAAUUACAAUGGGUUCGGGAAAAUAUAUCACAAAAAGAAGCGGGACUUGUAAUUCCGCAUAAUUUUCAAACCACCGCUCCUGCGUAUGGACAACAGCAAACAUUUAUUAUUCAAAAACCCUUCAUAAAUUCUCAAACAGAAGCUUUUGCUAAAUUCAUAAAUAUACAAAAUAAUAUUAAUCCAAAAGGACAAAUUCCAAGCAAAGAUGUAUCCAAUUAA